CUGUGGCGGCGGAACGCUGAAAACUACUGAAUUCCCUCAAACUCGAGUCUCUCUCUACAAAUAGGUCAAAAUCAUGUUUUGGUUAAAGAACACGUUCGUUUAUUUUCUUUUAAUUUCGAUCGUUGUUACCGGAAAACACAAAAAAGCCAAGCCGAAGAAAUUCGUUCCUCCUUCUUCGAAAGGCAUCCAAUGCUACAACUGUUUAUCGUUUGAUCAUCCUGGUUGCUGGGAUCCUGACCAUCCCGACUACGCCAAUAUCACAGUCCCCAACAUUGACUGUUACAUACCAGGGAUGGCAUUUCUUUGCAUCGUUAUCACUUCAGAGUCUGCCAAGCUCGUGGAAACGGGUCAGGAGAUCGGUCCAGUCCGCGCGCGCACCUGCGUACCCGCCAAAGACUUCUCAAAGAAAACAGUAUCAUAUUCCAUGUGCAGUAAGUUAAGUAAGGAAUUGUCAGCCUCCGAAAUAUUCUCACGUAUAGCAGUCAGCCGACCGCAUUGUUCGCUUUGCAAAAAACACUUGUGCACUGACGCUGCACAUUGUUAAAUUAGUUUAAUUAAUUAAGGUCAUAAUUAUUAUUAUUAAAUAAUCGGCUAAGAACCUAUCUCAGCUCUCAACUCUCGAUGAUAGUUCGAAUCCACGUACAAUACGAUUUGUAUGAAGUAAUUUUUAAAUGACUUAUGGUCAAUUGGUUGCUCGAUUAUGUAAGAGCCUUGUCAGAGUAAAAUAAUUAUUCAAUUAUUGUAACGAAAAAUACCGAAAUUUGUUUGAAAAUUAUUGUAUGGGAUCUUUAAUAUAUAUAGAAAAAAAUUCAGCAAAAAAUCGUUCUAUAUGUAUCAAACGAAUUAUUUUGCGUUUGCAAUGUUUCGCGUCUUGGAUCGUAAUAGAUGUAAAUAUACCCUAUUAUUAUCAAACCUUCAUCCCGUCGGCCGAAUUGUUAUCGUUUGUUUGGUUUUCACGUCUCUGUUAUUGUUCGCGCUUACAUAAUCUGUUUAAUAAACUAAGAGAGCAAUUACCGCGCGAAAUGCAAAGAAGUUAACUUGUUUUCGAAAUAUGUUAUUUGUGGAGCGAAGGUUUGUUACUCUCGCGCGAGCAGGAAGUUUAUUUUGAAUUUGUUUUUUAUAUUUCAUUUAAUAUUUAAUAAACAUAUAUUACAAUAAGUUCUUUUCAUAACAUCCCAGAACCAUUUCACAUGAUAUUACGAUAGGAUACAUAAACUACCUUUUACUUUUAAUCAUUUAAAUUCUUAAGAGAACCUAGCAUAUUGGUCAAGAAAAUAAAUUACUAUAAUAUAGAAGUUCGUUUCGCUACGCGUAAAUUUAAAUAUA